AUAGCUCAUGACAUUUUUAGCUAAUCCUUGAACUUCUCUCAGAUGCAAAAAUGUUUCUCAUAUAGCAAUCACAGAAAAAGGAAGGAUCAAAUGAUUUUGUUGAACAAUUUUUAUAAACUUAAACUCUAUAAUUCAUCUAUAGGAAUUCUAUACAUUAAAGCUCACCAUCCUUUCUCAUCUAAGGGAGCAAUCCUGAAGCAUGCUUUUCUACGAUUUUAAUAUAUCCAUCAACGUCAUGAUCAUGAACAUUAAACAAGUCAAUUGAGCCAUACUGAAAAACUACCAUGUAACAGCAAUCACUUCCACUUAAACUGGAACCCGAACCCUGAGACAAAAAUAAUAAUAUCAAUAAUAAUAACAAAGAUUUAAGAAAAACAUUUAGUUGGAUGAAUCAUGUCCAUUAAAUUUAGAAUUUUCUGGAUUGCAUGUAUCAUGUACAAAAUUGGAAUUUGGAUUUGAUAAAAGUCGUAUAAAAGCACAGUAUCAAAAAUGCAUUGAUAGUGAGGAUUCAAACUUUUUUUUUUGGCAAGAAAACAUAAAACUACUUCAAAAAAGUUACUCUGACUCGCCUAUUGGCAGUUCCAAUGAUUUGUUCUCCAUUGUGAGGGGAGAAGAGAGAACUGGUCGUGUGCGGAUGCUUGGCUUCGGGCCUACACCAAGCGAUGUUUGGGGGCCCUCUCCUAGUAAAGCUGAACUGAUUAAUAAUGCGAAAAAAUCUGAUGAGGAGGCACGUGCUGCACGCGUAGAGUUGCAAGAGACCAUAUCAAAAAUGCAAGCCGACUAUGACAACAAGUUGGAAAAUUUACGAGCCAACUAUGAUGACAAGUUGGAAAAUUUACAACAACAGGUGGCUAUGCUAAUGCAGAUGCAACAACAAAAUUGUAGUGGACAGGGUUCUGAUUCGUUAAAUGCUCAUCCUAGAGUAUCCCCAAAUUCAUUAUCUAGUCGUGAUGCCAAUUCAGUUAAGGGUAAUUCAAAUCAAAUAGGCAAGAAGACUUGUUGAAGUUGAAGUUGAAGAUGGGGUCGUGGCUGUGCUUUCUAAAUUUCCUUCGCCUUGGAUGGGUUCUUUUUGAAAAACUUGUACUACAUUUGUCAAAAAUUGUUAAUUCUUUUUGUCUGACAUUUAGUAGCUUUAUUUAGACAAUUUGGAUGAUAUAUUGGCAGGUUAACUUAUGGUUGUUUUAGUAUACAUUUUUGCUUUUUGGUUGACAUUUACCAGGGUUAACUUGUGGUUGUAUUAGUAGCCAAUUUUGAUGGUAAUUUUCAUAUUGGCAGGGUUAACUUGUGGUUGUAUUAGUAGCCAAUUUUGAUGGUAAUUUUCAUAUUGGCAGGGUUAACUUGUGGUUGUAUUAGUAGCCAAUUUUAAUGGUAAUUUUCAUAUUGGCAGGGUUAACUU